CAAGCUGACAAUUAUAAUGGUAAAACUCCUAAUAUUAUUUAAAUUUUCAAAGAUUAGUAAUAAAACCAUGUCAUGCACUUACUGUAAAGAACUUUCAUAAACUAAGAUUUUUCAAAACUAAAGUUCCUAUUGCUUAUAUGCAGGUGUGGGAUUAAGCAUCUUAUUUAUUCUAAUCAUUGGAAGUUUGUUGUCAUGCUGGGUCUCAAAGAAAAGAAAACUAAUCAAAAUGAAAGCGAAGUUCUUUCAACAAAAUGGAGGCUUGUUUCUGCAGCAACAAAUCUUAAAUCAAGAUUCUAAUGCAACAGUGAAAAUCUUCAGUAUAGAGGAACUUGAAAAGGCAACCAACAACUUCAAUGAGAGCCAGAUCCUUGGUCACGGUGGAUAUGGUACUGUAUUCAAGGAUGUUUUGCCAAGCCAGAAAGUUGUCGCCAUCAAGAAGUCCAAAUUAGUUGAUGAGAGCCAGAUUGAGCAAUUUAUCAAUGAGAUUGCAAUCCUUUCUCAAAUAACUCACAAGAAUGUUGUUAGACUUUUGGGUUGCUGUUUAGAGACCCAAGUUCCACUGCUUGUGUACGAGUUUAUAUCCAAUGGAACCCUAUUCAACCAUAUCCAUGGUGAGAGUCAGGUUUUCUUAAUGCCAUGGGAAGACCGUCUAAGGAUUGCUGCUGAAGCGUUGUUGUAUCUGCACUCAGCGGUUUCAGUACCAAUCAUUCACAGAGAUGUCAAGUCUGCAAACAUACUGUUAGAUGAGAAUUAUAUAGCUAAAGUAUCAGAUUUUGGAGCUUCGAGGUCAGUCCCAUUUGAUCAAACACAUAUAACCACCCUUGUGCAAGGGACAUUUGGAUACUUAGAUCCGGAGUACUUCCACACAAGCAAGCUAACAGAGAAGAGUGAUGUCUAUAGCUUUGUGGUAGUUCUUGUAGAGCUGUUAACUAGAGAGCUUCCGGUAUUUUUUGCUAAGCCAGAAGAUCAGAGAAAUCUAGCUUUUUAUUUUACAUCGAUGUUUGAUGAGCAGUGCCUCCUUCAGCUGGUAGAGCCUCAGAUUGUAAAGGAAUCUGGAAUGGAGCAACUCUUUGUGGUUGCAAAACUUGCCAGGAGGUGCUUAAAUUUGAAAGGAGAAGAAAGACCAAGCAUGAAAGAAGUUGCCAUGGAGUUAGAACGACUAAGGAGGUUCCAUAAGCAGCAGCUAGCUCUCCAAAAUCUUGAGUAAAUGGAAUACUUGCUAGAUGGGAUUGGACCUUCAACUGGUUGCGCUAAGGAAAGCUGAAUAAUAUAAUUUAGAAAUAUGUUAGCUUCCAUGGAUCUCCCAAGGUGAUGAAUUUAUUAGAAACUUCUCUCUUUCUAGAGAGCUGUUGAGAUAUUUUCUAUGCUAUUGAUGCUCUCUACCUUACUAAGCAGAUGUUGAUCAAAUUACUCUUUGAACUUUGCAUUUUGCUGCUAUCUCUAAUUUAUAUAUUGUACUAUGGAAGAUUUAUGUGAUAAAAACUAGCGAUCUAGCUAUAUUUAUUAAUGUAAUUAUUUCAUAUUGUACACUUGACUAUUUAAAUUUGUCCCUGACAUACUGUUUGGUGACAUGUACUGAAUACUAGUAGUUGAAUUUGUCAUACUUGGAUGAAGUGUAAGUGCUGAAUACUAUUGGUUGCUUCUAGAGUUCUUAGUGCUUGUUGAAAAUUAAUUACAUAUUUGCUUGUCUUCUGUUAGAUAGUUUUGGUUAAAUUGAUUAAAGGGUCAAAUAUAAUCUGUUUGAAAGCAUGAACAGCAUAGAACAAAUAAAAUAUACCGAACUAAUACUCCUAAAUUAUUUAGGAUUUUACAUAUAUACCCUUGCAGAUAUGA